GGCAUUGACAGCUGUUACUUAACUGCGGCAUUUUACAAACCAUCAGAAAAAAAUCCAAAAAUGCCUGAUCUCUUCUCAUACUUUUAAUAAUCAGUAAUCACAGUUUCGUCGCGUGUGUGUGUUGCUUAAAAAUGUGCUUAUUUCGAUAUUCUGGAGUGUGAGGGCGAACCAAGGUAACCCUGCUAUGUCUCGAGUAUUUCGCUUGUACGGUGAAUUUUGCGCAACACACCCAUGGGAAGUAAUAGUGGCUGUGAUAACACUAACCACUUGUUUGCUAACCGUAGACCAAAAACAGACUGACACCGACUCUCACGCAAAACGAUCUCAACCUUGUCCAGGAUGUUUCGAAGAGCAGUUCAAAGCGGUGGACGUCAUCGUGAUGACGGUAAUCCGCUGCUUAGCCAUCCUAUACAGUUCCCACCAAUUCCGCAACUUACAAAAACUCGGAUCGAAAUACAUCUUGGGUAUCGCUGGCCUAUUCAUAGUGUUCUCUAGUUUCGUUUUCACAUCGACUGUCUUGAACUUCCUUCAGAUUGACUUGGUGGAUUUGAAAGAUGCUUUGUUCUUUUUCUUGCUUUUGAUUGACUUGUCUAAAGCUGCGACUUUAGCUCAGUUUGCUUUGACUGCUUCGAGUCAGGAAGAAAUCACUAGUAAGAUUGCUAGGGGCAUGUCGGUGUUAGGACCUACUAUAACUUUAGACACGGUUGUUGAAACUCUAGUCAUAGGUGUAGGAACAUUGUCGGGAGUUCAUCGCCUAGAGAUGCUCUCAUAUUUUGCUUGUCUUUCUGUUCUCGUAAACUAUGUGAUAUUCAUGACAUUCUACCCUGCUUGCUUGUCUCUCAUGCUAGAGUUGUCGCGCAUUUCCAAUUUUUACGGCGAAAAACAGCCGGUAGUUUCAAAGAUGUUGUUAGAGGAAAACGAAAAAGCAAAUCCUGCUGUACAGAGAGUUAAACUCAUCAUGUCAAUUGGUCUAACUGCUGUACAUAUACACAGUCGGUGGUUCAUUAAGGAUGACACCACCACCGAUGUCUCCAAUAACACAAACACCGACAACACAAAUUGUGCUGACGAUUCGUCUUUGUAUGGCUUCCUCAUGAAACAAUUUGCUUUAAGCGCUGACCAUAUCGUCAUUCUCAUCCUUGUUGUUACGCUUAUUAUCAAAUUCGUCUUUUUCGAAAACGAUGACCAUUUGAAACAACAAAUAGAAACGGUAGUACAAACUCACGACGAAACAACUCACGUCCUCAGAAGGCAGCAGCGAUUCGCCAAAAGCGAUUCCGUAAACGAAGAGAAAGAAGUGCAAACGAUAAACGACGAAGAAAUAGAAGAUUUAGAGGAACCUCUUCUUUCUAGGAGCUUGGAAGAGUGUUUACAAAUCUAUAGAUCGGACGGAGCUUCCAAAUUGACUGAUAGAGAAGUAGUUCUUUUAGUAGACACUAAACAUAUACCGUCGUACAACUUGGAGAAGGCAGUGAACAAUCAAGAACGUGGUGUCAAAAUUAGAAGACAGAUCAUCCAGAUUAGCGCUAAAUGUGAAGACGCUUUCCUAAAUCUUCCAUAUAAGCACUAUGAUUAUAGCAAAGUCAUGGGUACGUGUUGCGAGAAUGUGAUUGGCUACAUUCCUGUACCGUUGGGUGUUGCUGGUCCUCUCCUUUUAGACGGCAAACAGUAUUAUAUACCGAUGUCGACAACAGAAGGUUGUUUGAUUGCUAGCACAAAUCGAGGUUGUCGUGCUGUAGAACACUGCGGAAUCAAGAGUCGAAUUGUGGCAGAUGGCAUGACCAGAGGGCCAGUAGUACGUUUUACUUCCAUCACUAAAGCGACAGAAGUCGUUGCUUGGUUAGAAGUAACCGAUAACUUUUCGCUGGUUAAAGAAAACUUUGAUUCGACCAGUAGGUUUGCAAAAUUGACGAGAAUCACGACCCGACUGGCUGGCAGAUACUUAUUCUUAAGGUUCGUAGCAGAAACUGGAGACGCAAUGGGAAUGAACAUGCUAUCCAAAGGCACAGAAAAGGCUCUACUAGCCGUCCAGAAACGUUUCCCAGAUAUGGAAAUACUAAGCUUGAGCGGAAACUUCUGCACUGAUAAAAAACCAGCAGCAGUUAACUGGAUCGAAGGUCGAGGAAAGUCGGUAGUUUGCGAAGCGAUUGUUUCAGGGGACGUUGUUUCUUCGGUUCUAAAAUCAUCAACACACGUUCUUGUAGAUCUCAAUACAUCUAAAAACAUGAUCGGUUCGGCUGUUGCUGGAAGCAUAGGUGGAUUCAAUGCACAUGCUGCUAACAUAGUAACUGCAAUUUUUAUUGCUACGGGUCAAGAUCCGGCCCAGAAUAUAGCUAGCAGCAAUUGCAUUACUAUAAUGGAGCCAUGGGGCGAAAACGGGCAAGAUUUGUACAUAUCUUGCACUAUGCCUUCUAUUGAGAUUGGCACAGUAGGAGGUGGAACCAUUCUUCCUGCGCAGUCGGCUUGUUUGGAUAUGUUGGGUGUCAGAGGACCAAAUGAAGAUUCUCCAGGAGCAAAUUCCAAACAGUUGGCUAGAAUUGUUUGUGCAACUGUUCUUGUAGGUGAAUUGUCGUUAAUGGCCGCUUUAGCUACCGGGCACUUAGUGAAAAGCCAUCUGAAAUAUAAUCGUUCCUAUUCUGAGAAAGAUAGUUGCGAAAAAACUGAUUCUCAGGAAUGUUGUAAAACUUAGAUGCUUUUGUAAAGUGUUUAAUAAAAGUAGGUAGUAUAAAUUUAA